GCCCGGUGCAUGGGCCUCGAUCCGUACACGCUCUAUGUACCCAUCGUGGGUGGAGCGAGUGGCGAAUCGCUUGUGCCUAUAUUCUCCAAAGCAUUGCCCACUGUUAUGUUGACUGAGAGUGCAACAAACUCGGUUGUCCAAGAGCUUCGAAAGCCCGUGAUGGAGGCAGCUUGCAAUCCGCUUAUUCCCUUGCUGGGGGCGCAUGCAAUCAAGCGCCUGAUUUUAGCACUGUGCUCAGGUCUGGCUAACAAGAACAACGUGCUUAUCAACGCGUUCGUUGCCAGCGAUUUGCUGCCUUGUUGUCGUUACUUGGCGAGCCCGGUGCUGCUCGGCACGGACGGCGUGAAAAGGGCCCUCAACAUACCCAAAUUGUCCGACUGGGAGUUGAAUGAGUUGUCUAAGGCCCUAUGGCGUGUGAAUGCUCUAACUUCCGCUGGAGAAAAACAUGCGAGAAAAUUGGUAGGCGAACAAGAACGAAUAAGCAACGAAAGUAAAACCGAAGUUGAUCCAAAUGUUUUGAGGGCCGCCCUUAGAAGAAAAGGUCUUAUGCGAAACUAGGCUUAAAGUCAGUUGUUUGUGCUACUUACACUG